GAACAAUCAAGAUUUGACAACUGAGAACGAAUAUUUCAACCACAGUUCUGCUUCUCCUCCAGAUCUGAAGAUAUGGCCGAUGUUUUCAGAAGCCUGAACCUCCUUGAGACCCUCAAAGAGUCCAUAGAGCACAAUAAAUUUUCCGACGUCAAGGAUGCAUUGGAAGAUCUCCUGAUCAGCAGGAUCAACUUGGCUGUGAUAGGAGACCGUGGGGAGGAAAAAGCCACUUUCAUAAACUCCCUCCUUGGUCUCAGUUCUGGGGACGAUGGAGCAGCUCCGUCUCCAUCCCCUGUGGCCCCAGAGGAGGUGGCAGGCUACCCUAACCCUAAACACCCUGACUUUCGCCUAUGGGAUCUACCACCUGUCCCUUCCACCUCUCCGUUUGAACCCGAGGGAUACAUGGAAAGAGUUAAGUUCCCCCGCUACAAUGCCGUCUUCAUGACAUACACGCAGACGCCCCAGCCCAACAGUGUGGAGGUGUUUCUUGAGGCCCGGUCUCUGCAGCGACAAACAGUGUACUUUAUUCUCUUAGCAUCAGAAGAAAGCCCAGAAGAAAAGAGGAAAGCAAGUGUGGAAGUACUGAGAUCACAGGGGGUGACGCUGCCUAAAGUCUACGUGGUGAGACCCUCCAUGCUGGAGAAGUUUGACUUCCCUGGCCUGUUGGAGGACAUGGGGAGAGACCUUCCAGAGAUCCGAGCCCACGCACUUCUCUUGGCUCUCCCGACGCUUACCUCCACCCUGAUCACUCAGAAGAAGGAGGCAUUUAAAGCACUAGUUUGGGCAGCUGCCUCGCUAUCUGGUGGGGUGUCGGCUAUUCCUGUUCCCUUUGUGGCCUCCAUGGUGGACUCAAGUGUAGCAGUGCGGAUUCUAACCAAAGCACAAUUAUCUCUCUGCCUGGACGAUGAAUCGAUUGAGCGACUGGCCCGACAGCGAGGCAUUGAACCCGCAAGACUCAAAGGGCUGCGGACUUGUGUGCUGUCAGUGGAGGUCACUAAAGGUGAAGUGAAAAAGCGACUGGCGGCGGCAGAAAAGGACGUGAGCAUGGUUUCUUCAACGCUGGUGGAUAUGGCCAUGCCCAGACACGCCCGUUCAGUCAGCCGCUCUUUUGCUGCAAUGCUGCAAGCCUUAAAUGGCGCCAUCGAUGAAAUGGCGGCUGAUGCCGAGAAGAUAGCGGCAGCUGCUCUUGGGGAGGGGAAGUGAAGUCAAAUGUUUGUGUAAGGUUUCCUGUUUAUGUGCGGUUUACAUUAGGAACACUAUUGUACAGAAUUUAAUGAAUCUUUUCACACGUUUUCACAUUUCUUUGAUGAACCAGAAGUUAUGAAGGACACCGUAAAUACAGUUUGAGCAUCAUUUCAAAGUCAAAUACUAUAAGCUUCUCAGUGCGUGUUAAGAAGACGUCACCCACCCUAAACAGAACUUUUUAUCUUUAACAAAAGUAUUAAAUAGAGGAAGUGAGAGGAAGU